UACAGUCUUUUUUCCGUUUAGCAGCGAUACGUCUGUGCCUAAUCUUUCUUUAACGUUACAUAUUUGUUUAGAAAAUGUUAAACAGUUGUUGAAUCAAAUCGACCUGAUAAUGGCGCAGCGAGGCCCAUACAAGAAGUAUCUUUUGGACGUGGAGGCCGAGAUGCCUGCAACUACCAAAAGGCGCAGGUUGCAGGCAAAAGAUGCCCAAACAAUACAUGGCGACAUAUGUUCUGAAAUGGAAUCUCAGGAACCAGCCAAUUCAGAAAAUUUUGAGGUACUUCCAGAAACUGAACAUGAGCAAUACACAGAUUCAGCAGAGAUUGAAGAUGUGAAUGAAUAUCCAGAAGCUGAACCAGAGGAAAGCAAUAAUUAUUUUGACCAUGAGAGGACUAACAGUUCAGAUGAGGAAUCUGAGGAAGUGGAUGACCCACAAAAUGCUGAGUGGAGCAGUGAUGUAAAUUCUCAGACUGCACCUAAGGAUCCCUUGCACUUGGAUGAUGGAGAUGAACCUAUAUAUCCAGGAAGUGAUGUCACAAAGGCAGAGACUAUUUUAAUGAUUCUCACAUUUGUCCUGCGUCAUAAAAUAAGUGGAGAGGGUCUGAAAGAUUUCCUGUCACUACUGCACAUCUUGUUUCCAAGUAUUCUGCCAGCCACAAAAUACCUAUUUGAUAAGUACUUUCUAUCCAUUACAAAUCAAUUUGAAAUUCACUUUUAUUGUGAGUCGUGCAAAGGAUACAUUUGUAAGGAAGUAACAGUACUCACCAAAUGUCCUCAUUGUGAUCUUCCUUUUGACAUUGCCUCUAACCUUAAAAGUGGAUCAUUCAUGAUCUAUUUGCCAUUGUCUUCCUCAUUGAAAGAUGUCCUUGAAAGUCUGAAAAAGAACUCCCAACAGCUAAUAAACAAAGCUGAAUGGGAAUGGGAUGACACAAUACGUGACAUUUUUGAUGGUGACGUCAUGAGAGAGCACAUUCAGAACAAAACAACUGGCCGGUGGGAUUUGACUUUACUGUGGAAUUGUGAUGGAAUUCCCGUAUUUGAAUCAUCUCAGUGUUCCCUCUGGCCAAUACAAGUAACUAUCAAUGAGCUGCCACCAGCUAUGAGAAAAGAACAUAUCCUGCUGUCAUCACUAUGGUUUGGCAAGUCAAAGCCAGUCAUUGAGACCUUUUUAAAGCCAUUUGUUGAAGAGAUGGAAGUUUUAAAAGAGACUGGACUACAGUGGAUCGAUGGUGAUGAGAUUCGCACUAGUAGAGCCUUUGCAGUUGUAAGUGCUUGUGAUGCGGUUGCAAGACCAAUGCUAAAAGACAGCACACAGUUUAAUGGCAAGUAUGGAUGUGACUGGUGUCUUCACCCCGGUGAGCGUGUAGAAAAGGGAAAUGGCUUUGUGAACACCUACCCUUAUGAUGAUUCCCCUGUAGAAAAAAGGCAACCCCAACAAUGGGAAGAGGAUGCAGUCAAGGCCUCACAAGAAGGCUCUCCUGUGAGGGGAGUAAAAGGAAUAUCCCCACUUCUGUUUCUGCCAUUUUUUAACAUCAUAACUGGUUUCGUCCCAGAGUACAUGCAUGCUGUCCUAUUAGGUGUUGUUCGUCAGUUUAUGACCCUGUGGUUUGACAGCUCAUAUCACUGCAAGCCAUGGUAUAUUGGAACAAGAAAACAAGUCAUUAGUAGUCGGUUGCUGUCACUUAAGCCCCCCAAGGAAGUCACACGUACUCCUUCUUCAUUGGACAAGAUAAGAUUUUGGAAAGCUUCGGAAUUUAAGAAUUGGCUGCUUUACUACUCCUUUGCUGUUCUUCAAGGUGUCUUGCCCUCACAGUAUCUAAACCACUGGUUGCUUUUGGUUUAUGCUAUGCAUGUGCUCCUUAUGAAUAACAUCUCACGGCAAGCUAUACAAAAGGCUGAUCUUGCUUUACAUAAAUUUGUGAUACAAGUUGCACCGUUAUAUGGCAGAGAACACAUCAGCUUUAAUGUUCAUCAGCUAACACAUUUAGCUGAUACUGUCAAGUUAUGGGGUCCAUUGUGGUGUAUAUCAGCAUUUGCAUUUGAAAGUAAUAAUCAUAAUCUCAUGAUGUAUUUUCAUGGUACCCAGUGUGUUCCUGAACAGAUCUGCCGCACAUUUCUCCUUUGGCGUUACAUCUUUAGACAAACAAUAACAGAGCAAAAUAGUCUUGUUUUCCGUUACUGCAGGAGACUUACGGGAAUGAGACAGGUAAAAAACCUGCUCAUUUUAAACAAUCUACAUCUCUUUGGCACUCCAAAAUUUCAACCACUGUCACCAAGCCAACUUGCUGCUAUUAACCGAAAAUUUCACAUUAUCGUACUUCGUCCAUUACAGUUCUUCAAAAGAUUUUUACAUGAUGGCAUUUUGUACACUUCUGAUACGUACACAAAAAUGCGAAAGCGCAUUAAUUCUACAGCGAUGCUUCAGGAUGGAAGCUUUUUGCGUAUUCAGCAUUUAGUUUUGCUGAGGGGUCAUUGUGGCUGUGGAUUUAGUGAUUGUUCCUGCGCAUCAAUGCCUUUAAUUCUGGGUCGUCCUCUCAAAAAACAAACAAAAGCGCCAUUCACAGACAGACAAUUAAACUUUAGUAUUGAUUUUGUGACCGAGGUAACGGAGAGUCUCGAAACAAUUGCGGUUCCAGUUUCAUCACUAAAAAACAAAUGUGUUUUCAUCAAGAUUAGGGAAAAGCGGUAUGUUAUCCCAAUUGUAAACACAAUCGAAACAGACUAAAAGCUUAGUUUAGUGUUGUUACAAGCAUCUGAACAGAUAGGUAGCUUUACCCACUUGUGUUAUUAGAUCAAAUAUCUAUAUCUAAAUAUCUAUAUGCUACAUUGUACACCAUACAAUUAAGUUUUAUUCAACAGAUUAGUUCUAUGAGUUCAACACUCUUGUGUCAGGAGAAAAUGUCUUUUUUAAACUUUGUAAACUACACAAUCUGUUUACACAAUGAUUCAUAACUAUUGUACUCCAUAAUUAAACACACAAGUAGUCCUAUAUAGUAAUGUUAAAUAAAAGACAAUAAGAUGUCUAUGUUAUAAGUAGAUGGAAGUUUUAAAAGAAACUGGACUACAGUGGAUUGAUGUUGAUGAGAUUCGCACUAGUAGAGUUUAUGCAGUUGUAAGUGCUUGUGAUGCUAAAAGACAAUACACAGUUUAAUGGCAAGUAUGGAUGUGACUGAUGUCCUUCAUUGUUAAAAGAAAAUCAGAUGUCAAUGUACUAGCUGGAUGAACAUGUAUGAAUAUUAAACAUUGUAAACCAUACAAUUAUUUAUUUAUUUAUUUAAUAGACCAGUCCAGCAGUUCAACACUCUUGUCAUGAGAAAAUUUAAUGCACGUGUACAACAGAAAUGUGUGUGUGUUUUAAACAUUGUAAACUACACAAUUAUCUGUUUAUACAAUGAUUUGUUACUGUACUGUUAUUUAACACAAGUAGUCCUAUAUACUAGUGGUAAAAGACAAUUAGAUGCACAUGUUAAAAGAUGUAAGGAAAUGUGUAUGUGCUUUUUAAAUAUUUUCUUGGCUUUAUAUGUCUGGAUUAUAUAAAGAUAUGUUGAAAUGGCACUUAAAUUUGGAUGUUGGUAUAGUGUUGAAAGACUGUCAUAAACCAGAAGUAAUAAAGAGAUUAAAUAAAA